AUGAUAUCGUCGCUGUGCCUCGCUUCCCCCAAAUCCUUCCUCCGCCCCCCGCGGUGCGUCGCCGCCUCCGCCGCCGCAGCCCCUCCUGCCGUCUGCUCGUCCGUGACGCUAUACGACGUGCUCGGCAUCGCCGCCGGCGCAUCCGGCCGCGAGAUCAAGGCGGCGUACCGGAGGCUUGCCCUUGCGUGCCACCCGGACGUGGCCGCGGUCGAGCGGAGGGGCGCGUCCGCGGUCGAGUUCAUGCGGGUCCACGCGGCUUACGAGACUCUCUCUGACCCGGAGAAGCGCGCCGACUACGACCGCAGCGUCAUGACAGCGGUGGACGCCGGCCGGCGGUGGGCGCCCUUCCGCUCGCAGUGGACGUCGUCGUACUCCACCGGUCGCCGCCGCCCUCGCACGUGGGAGACGGACCAGUGCUGGUAGCACUCGGACCGAUCCACCACAUCAGUGUACAGAUUUUGAGGGAUGUUUUACAUCAAUUUCCCUUGGUUAGAUUUGUAUAAGAAAAUCGAAGUCAUAUAUAGGCGUCCCCAUUUUUCA